AUGAACGACGAAGAUGAUGGCAACAACGGCAGCAGCAGGAGCAGCAACAACUACCUUACCUCUAUUUGGAACAACCAUUAUGUGAAGGCAGUGGUAACAUCUCACGUGUUCUUUGGAGUGUUCUUGAAUCCAGGAGACAAACUCUUCACUCCGACAGAGCGUUUCUUCAACUUUUGCGGUUUUGUGGGUGUCAAUACAGCCGUUACUUCCCUCAUUGAGACGGUGGAUUUGGAGGAAAAGGUAGUCUGUGAUUGCAUUGAUGGAGACAAACCCGAUUCUAACUGCAAAGAUACGGACACCAUCCAAGACGAUUGGCUUGUUUACUUUCAUGGUGACACCUGGCCAGAGGAACUUUGUUGGUAUGAUGCUGCUGCUACAGCGGAAAACAAGCAUGCAUGCAGCGCCAAAAGAAUCUGCUGCGAGGCUUUCGUGGCUUCAGAAUUGGACAAAACAUUGAGCUUGACAGAUUACGACAAUUGUAACGAGGAUUUGGCCACCAAGAAUAUCAUUUCCAGUGUCGUCUCUACAGCAUUCUCGUUCUUCUUUUUCGGUCCUUUGGUGGAAUGGAUGCUCCGGAGAGAGUCUCAGUGUUGUAAUCCGGCGGCCUAUUUCAUGAUCCUGUUGCAAAUGAUCUGGGGGUUAACCUUUACUUUGCAUUUUUCUCAUACCAGUGCACAGCUCGGAGAGGGGAAAAAGGCAUGGAUGGACAUCAUAAGCACUGUUGGAUUGGGUGUGUUUGUGUGGUCUGUUGCAUUUGAAUUGAUGAAACAGAUGUUGUAUGUUGUUUGCUGUGAUUAUUUCUCAGACUUGGAAGAGGAGGACGAUGGCGAUAGUGAGGCGGGUCCUGAUGGCAAAAAGGCAAUGGAUGAAGAGCAGAACUUGUCAUCUCCACAGGUAGACAAGCCCUCUUCGAAGAUAGAUCAGCAAAUGAACCAAGACCCCACAGAAGACCCCACAGAAGAUCGCACAGAGCCUUUGUCACCCUCUUCGUCUUUGAAUCAUCCUGGAGGCGAAGUUAUGCAUUGCUAG